AUGGCUGCAGUAGAGGCAAACACAGACAGUUAUUCGUGCCCGGCCCGUGGUCGGUGGGCAAUACGGAAACCCCAGGCCGGAGACCUGAUUGAGAUUGACCGAGGGCUUUACAAGCACUGGUGUGUCUAUGUGGGAGAUGAUUACAUUGUCCAUUUAACAAGUGUGACUGAAAGGCCUGGCUUGGGCUCUGCUGCCUCCAUCAACGGCCAGGCGGUGGUGAAGAAACAGCUCCUCAAACAUGUUGUAGGGAACUGCAACUAUUGGGUCAACAACAAGCAUGACAAGACCCUGCGUGUGUAUCCGGUGCCCAGAAUCAUAGCCCGGGCGAACAAAAGAGUUGGGGAGAAAAGGACAUAUCAAGUCUUGGCUGAGAACUGCGAACACUUUGCUAAUGAGAUGCGCUACAACACAGCAAUAAGUGACCAAGCUAAUCAUGCAAUGGACGUUGGUAUUGGUGCAGUGAUAGCAGCGACAGCAGUAAUAGGGUUCAGAAUUCUGGCUCUCUUCGUUGGACAGCGGUAGCAUAGUUGAACUUCUUCAGGCCAGAAACCAUGCAGAAGAGAGGUUUUCUGUUCAAACAAUUUAUCAGCAUGUACAAAAGAUACAGAGCAGGGCCACUGCAAUGGAAACCAAAAUAAAUAUUAUACCUAAGAAUUAUGUCAUUAACAGGAGUCUUGUCUCUUCUGUUACCGGUCAGUGGCCCAGAGUAGAUAAUGAUUGUUGGAGUAUUCUCUGAGUAUCACUGAGCACCAA